AUGAACCUGAACCCUGGUGCCCUGACAGUUUGGGAGACGAGAAAUCAAAAUGUCGGUUUGCAGGCAGCCCAUGAAAGCAAUAGUGCUUUUGACUUGUCAUUUAACACAUUUACAUUACAGCUCACCAUUCGUGACGUUGACGAGUUCAACCACGACCGCCUGCCCAGCCCGCGACGGCGCCGUCGUACACUAAGCUUGCUUCGGCACUCGGGUCAGGGUGCUCGCCAUCAUCUAGUUCCGUCGUUUGUUCAGCCCUCAGGGUUCAAUGCUACUCGCCGGGCUUCCACUGGCCGUUCCACUUUGCUCCUGCUCAAUCGUGCUCCUGCCAGCCCCACUCAGGCCAAUCAGCCACCUAGCUCUGUAGCUAGUCAACACUAUCAACAACAGCAAGUAACAUCGAAGGACCAGCAACAACUACUGACCCAUCAUCCCUUGCACUCUAGCCAGCGCUCACUUUCUCAGCCUCUCGGACAGACAACACACUCUAACUACCAACAAGAUCAACAGCAGCAGCAACAACAUCGCCACCAUCACCAUUCUCGUCUGCAGCAGCAACAACGCCACCUCCAGCGUCACCACCUUUUCUCAGAUUAUCAGAUACAACAAGCUGACAGGGAUUCUGAAUUAGGCAAUCAGCAGUCCUGUGAUCGCCUCCAAGGCCGUUUGAGGAAUGGUGCCUCUAGCGCAGCAGAGACAGAUGAAGAGAUCGGUCUAGAUUCUGGAUCGAGGGCUCAGAUCACUUGCAAUGAAGACACUGAAUGCCGUAAAAAUGUUCUGGGGCGGGACAACCAACGCAGUCGUCACAUGAAUAUGAGAUUGGUGGACGGUUAUCCAGAUGAAAAUGAGGAAUCUUUUGGAGAUCAAGAGGAUGAAGGAGAGGAGGCAGAGGAUGAGGAUGAGGCUGAAGAUGAAGAAGAGGAACCAGAGGAAGAGGAAAUGCUUGAUGGAGGAGAAGGUGAAGAGGAAGAUGAGGAAGAUGAAGAUGAGGAGGAUGGCGUGCUUGGUAUUGACGAAGAAGACGAAGAAGAAGACGAAGAAGAGGAGCAGGAUGAGCUUGGAGAGGAAGGAGAAGAUGAGGAGGAAGGUGACAGUGGUAAUGGCGCAGAAGAAGAGGGCAGGAUAGUAGAGCGCAGAUGUGGAGUGAUUCCUAGAACUGGAACGCUGGGCAGCCAUGCAGACUAUAACGGUACUCGCCGACGUUCUUUGCGUCGAAGAUUAUCUUCAGGCCGCCUACACAAACGCCCUCGACAUCGCCUCUCAUCGAACGCCCCGAGUUCGAAUACUGGUUGCUACCUUGAUGGUGAAGAGGAAUUAGAAGAAGAUGGAGAAGAUGAUGGUUCUGCAGAUAAGGAAGGCGAAGAGAAUGGUGUUGAUGCUGAUGAUGAGAGGCAGCAUGAUUGUGAAGAGGAAGAGGAGGAGGAAGAAGAGGAAUUAGGGGAUGGUCAAGGAAACCGGAAUCAUAGUUAUGGGCGGGCUGGACUUGACAUUGCCGGCACAGAUAUAGGGGGGGAUACCUUACCGUCCGGCCGAGCCCCCCUCAGGGGUAGGCGUCGUGGUGAUAGUCGCCCUGAGCCUCCUGAUGAAGCUUCAUUACAAGUCCAGCCUCAUUGCAAGCGAUUGGCUCCCGAGACAGUAUCACCUAUGAACUCUGGCAUAAUCAGUGAGUUUGACUUUCGAAACUUCUGGUAA